AUGGUUUCUGAAUUUAUUAUGCAUGACAUUAGAGAAUGGAAUGUUCCAUUGGUACAAGCUUUCUUCACUAGAGAAAAUUGUCUGAAAAUCUGCAGCAUGAGAGUUCUUAUCCCUGGUAAUGACACUCUAGUUUGGCCCUAUAACAAGUAUGGGAUUCUUACUGUCAAAUCUGUGUACAAAUUACUUGCUAAUGGACUACCUCAUAAUUCGACCAAUAAUCCUGAUAUUGAGGUCUAUAGAGCUAUUUGGAAAUCUCCUCUAUUUCCUAGAACUCAGAUUUUCCUAUGGAAAUGUGUUGAAAAUAUCAUUCUCACAGGUAGCAAGUUAGCUAGAUAUAAUAGCAAUCAUGAUAAAUGUAAGGUGUGUAAUUCUGAUGUUGUUGAAACCCCUGAGCAUAUGGUCCUUCAGUGUUCUUUUGCUAGAAAUGUUUGGUCUAACAUCCCUAUUGUCAGUAAUCUUAUUUUGCAGGACCUGAAUUCUAACAUUAGUCUAAAAGACUGGAUUACUAAAUGGCUCACAUCAAGCCAAUUACAGACUCAUCUAGUUACUGCUAUGAAUACUGCUUGGUGUAUUUGGAAGGAUAGGUGUUUUAAAGUCUUUGAAAACAAAACAUCUAAUCCUCAGAUCACAGCUAGAACUGCUCUUAAGAUUUCUGCAGAUAUUUUCAAUAAUCUAGUGUCCAUUCCUAAUACCAAUACUACUUCUCCAGUGCAUGACAAUAAUCCUAUUUUCCUGCAUCAGAUUUCACAAGACAGUUUAAUAUUAUAUUUUGAUGCCUCUUUUGACAAAGACACUAACAAUUCUGGAAUUGGUAUUGUGGCAAUGAAUAAUACAGGUGAAUUCAAAGGGUGCAAAUUAGUAUCUGGAAGAAAAGCAAGCUCUGAAGAUGUUGAAAGUGGUGCUCUUCUAGAAGCUGCUAAAUGGAUCAAGGAGAAGAAUCUUCAAGAUGUCUACUUAGUCAGUGAUGCCAAAAAUGUCGUGGCAUAUCUUAAUAAUGACAGAGGCCAAGCUAGUUGGACUUCCUGCUCAAUUCUAGAUGAUUGUUUAUUUCUUUUAUAG